GGAUUUUUUGGAUACAUUUAGAAGUCGAUUAUAUAAGCUGCUAUAUAUACAGAUUAACAGUCAAGUAUAUGCUCGUUUAGGCUGUGUAUGUGCCUAUGAAUAAAAGGAGACAUUAGAAUAGUGUCUCCUGGUCUUUUUUUCUCGCUCUGCCAUUCAGAAAGUCAAAUGAGGUUUUUGUACGGGACGGGUUUAUCCUUAUAUUGGUUAUGUCAGCAGGUGCGUGUGGACGUACUUUACAUCGGGGGAUAGAAAAAAGUGAAAUUUAUUUAAUUUAAAAGGCUGAGAACUGGACAUAAUGUGUGCAAGUGUUUGUGGAUCGUGCAUAAUAUGGAAUAAUGCAUAAAUCGAAAAAUAAGAAAAGAAAGGAAAGAAAUAGUAGUGAUAAUGAUAAAUCGUGUAAUAAAGUAAGAAAACAAAGAGGCCCGUCCGGGGGUUCGACCAGUGAAACUCAAGUAAGUGACAUUCUGAACGUUACGAAUUCUGUGCUCUAUGGUGAUGUUGAUAAUUUAGACUCUAGUGUAUUCGGGACUUUAUUCGAGAGCGCCGACAUUGAUAAUACUAAGGCCUGUGCAGCCAUGGCGGACACUAACUCAGAACCUACAAACCUAGACUUAAUGAACUUGUUAAAGAACAUGAGUGGUAGAUUAGAAACCGUGGAGAAAAAGUUGGGCGGUAUAGAGACCAUAGAAAAGAGAAUGGUGUCCUUAGAGAAAGACAUUAACAAGUUGUGGGGGGCGCUCGAUGCCCGAGUGAAAAAGGUGGACGAGCGAGUUAUCCGACUAGAGGACAAGGUAGACGGUGCCGACAUACACACGGCGGAGCUGGCGGAGAGGACGCGGGUGCUGGAGAAAGAGCGAGAUGCCCUACGAGACGACGUCUCGUACCUACAAUCGCAGUCCAUGCGAAAUAAUCUGGUCUUCUUUGGGGUACCCGAGGACAACACUAACGGAAGCGAGCCGGCGGAAGCGACGGAACGCAAGCUACGUCUGCAUCUCCAGGAUGCCUUCAAGAUCGCCAAGGAGACGGCCGAGAGUAUCCGAUUCGAGAGGGUGCACCGCUCACCAGGCUCACCGAUAACAGGAAAAAUAAGAAACAUCAUCGCAAAAUUCACCUACUUUAAAGAUAGAGAAAUGAUACGGAAGUCAUGGAAACAGCUUGAUGGGACAACGUUCCGUGUAUUCGAGCAGUUCCCACCGGAUGUGAUCCAGAAGAGGCGGAAGUUGGUGCCACAGUUGAAGGAGGCGAGGCGGCAGAACAAGAAGGCGUAUCUGGCCUACGACACCCUCUACAUCGAUGGGACCGCUGUUCGAGCCUAGGGUCACGACGGCGGUGAGAUAUCCAUUCUGUCGUGGAACUUACAUGGUUUUUCCGAUUCCAAAAAGAACGAUUCCGAUUUUAUCAACUUGAUUACUGAAAAUGACAUUUGCUUAUUAUAUGAAACUUGGGCCAAUUCAUCUAGUAAUAUUAAUUUAAAUGGUUAUAUUUCCUACAACUUUUAUAGAAAAUUCCAAAACAGGAAAGCCCGUAGAAGCAGUGGUGGUAUUGCUAUUUACUUUAAGGAUCAUCUAAAAAACGGUAUUCAAAUUGUUAAAAAUCAUUACGAUAGUCUUAUCUGGUUAAAACUAGACCAUGAUUUUUUUCAUACUGAGGAAGAUAUUUAUAUAUGUGCGUCUUAUAUAUGGGGAGAUGGUUCACCUGUCUAUAACACAUUAAAUGUAGAUCUUUUUGAACUAUUAGAAAACGACAUUUCAUUUUAUUCUGAAUUUGGUAAGAUAUUCGUAUCUGGCGAUCUAAACAGCAGGGUCGGUCAUAAGUGUGAUUUUAUUGUCCAUGACAAUAUUAAUACUGUGUAUGACGAUACCGACUAUGUUCCCGACCAUACCUCUGUCAGGGCCUCAGUAGACGCUGUACAUAAUAGUCACGGGAUUAAACUUCUUGAUAUGUGUAAGUCUACAAAUUUGCGCAUUUUAAAUGGUCGAAUAGGUAACAGUCGUAAACACACAUUUUAUGCUCAUAACGGAUCAUCCGUAAUCGACUACUUACUGACUCGUGAAUGUAACUUUUCAUUGUUAUCCAACUUUACGGUUGGCGAUUUCAAUCAGUGGAGCGAUCACGCACCGCUGCAUUUUGUAUUGUAUUGUAACAAUUUCACGCCUCAGUAUGAAACAUACACCGAUGUUAAAUAUAAAUGGAACAGUUCGCUACGCGAACAAUUUCGCUCAGGUAUAAUAACAAAACUACCUGUUUUCAAUGACAUUGUUGAGAAUAUAGACUGUUUAAAUAGAGUAUCAAUAAAUGACACAUUAGAUAGAUUUACCGCUACAAUCCGUUGUGUCGCGGAUCCGUUGUUUUCAAAGCAAUGCAAUUACAGUAAUAAACCGUGUUUUGAAACGGAAAGUUGCAUUAAAAGUGCUGAUUGGUUUGAUAAUGAUUGUGUUAAUGCAAGGAAUUUGUACCAAGAAUCUUUAUGUAAUUUUAAUACAAAUAAGACUGAGGUAAAUAGGUCUGCACUGUGUUCACGAAAGAAAUAUUACAAAGAUUUAAUUCGUAAAAAGAAAAGUUGUGCCUUUCGAAUCAAAAUGAAAGAAAUUGAAAACUUAAGAAGAAGUAAGCCUAAAGAAUUUUGGAAAUUCUUUAAAUCAAAAAAUAAAUUAAAUAAUUGUAAUAUUUCUCUGGAAGAUUUCAAGAUUUUUUUUGAAAAUCUUAGUAACAAUACGUCUGAUUGUAAUAAUGCUGAGGCUGAACAUUUUUGUUCGAAUCACGACUUUGACGAAAGUAACUUAACAUUUCCAGAGUUAGAUGAACCUAUUUCAGUCAACGAAGUAAAUUGCGCAAUUAAACAUUUGAAACGUAAUAAAUCGACUGGUAGCGAUUGUAUUUUAAAUGAGUAUUUUAUUGAAUGUGUUGAUAUAUUAUCUAGCCACUGUUGUGACAUAUUUAAUAGCAUUUUAUCAUCGGGUUUCUAUCCGGAAAAGUGGACAGAAGGUGUAAUUAUUCCUUUACAUAAAAAAGGAUCUAUUGAUGACGUUAACAAUUAUAGAGGAAUUACACUUGUAAGCUGUUUUUCAAAAGUAUUUACAACAAUUUUAAACAAACGCAUCGAAUCAUUUUGCGAAGCUAAUGCCACUAUUUCGGAUGCGCAAUUCGGAUUUCGAAAAGGUUGCUCAACUGUUGAUGCUAUUUAUAUUCUUAUUUCUAUUGUGCAAAAGUAUAUUAAUGAAAAUAAACGACUAUAUGUAAUUUA